CCAUCUUAGUGGUUCAAGCCAGGCAUACAGCCUAAUAGUAAUUCUUUGUUUGAAUAAUGCCAGAAUUCAUCCUUUAUCAUGCCCAAAACAGCAUCCAAGUGUGUUAGCAAUCAACUACAAGGAAAACAUGGCUUAAAUAGCUGCUGACCCACCCUGUAGAUGUGCCACUAUGAUACCCACAUGCCCUUUUGCCCAUCUUGAGAGCCAUGUCUCACCAAUGCAAAGCAGAAAACUCAUCAUCCAGCUCAUCCAAGAGUGAUCAUAGUGAUUCUUCCCAGCUGCAUCUCCAGGCAAAUGAGUCUGCAGAUGAAGAGAUUUUGCAGGCAUAUCUUAGGACAGUUACUGUCCUUGUAGAAGAGUUAAACACCUCCUGGGUCCACUCCACACAUGGAAACCAGCUGCUUAAUGCACACCACAUGCAACAUCUUCAACAUGGCCACUUCUCAAAAUUUCAACAAUUAGAAACACUUGGUAGGGGCCAAUCACCCAUCCUCUACACUGGUCAGCACCAACAUGUAGCCAUACUUGCACUUCAAGAGCAAAUUGUAAGUCCAGAUAAAUCAGUUUGUCAUCAUUCAAACCAUGGUUUGAUUUCUAUACACUGACAUACAUUAGCUCACUGCCUGGCUUGUUGACUUUUUCAAUAAGGCAAAGCUUAGCACACUGGGCAGAGCAUGUCUACAAGAAAACUGAAAGCCAACAAUCUUAGUUGACACCAACAGUGACCUCUAGGCCAAGCUUAC